UGCGCCUGCGCGGGAGACUAAACCUGCGGAGCUGGGAUUAGGGUCAUCGGAACUAGGCGCUAGCGACUUCUGCUUCCGGGUCGGAGCCAUGGCGGUGGCAAAUUCAAGCCCUGUCAAUCCCGUGGUGUUCUUUGAUGUCAGCAUUGGCGGCCAGGAAGUUGGCCGCAUGAAGAUCGAGCUCUUUGCAGACGUUGUGCCUAAAACGGCCGAGAACUUUAGGCAAUUCUGCACUGGAGAAUUCAGAAAAGAUGGGGUUCCAAUAGGAUACAAAGGGAGCACUUUCCACAGGGUCAUAAAGGAUUUCAUGAUUCAGGGUGGAGAUUUUGUUAACGGAGAUGGUACAGGAGUCGCCAGUAUUUACCGGGGGCCAUUUGCAGAUGAAAAUUUUAAACUUAGACACUCAGCUCCAGGCCUGCUUUCCAUGGCAAACAGUGGUCCCAGUACAAAUGGCUGCCAGUUCUUCAUCACCUGCUCUAAGUGUGAUUGGCUGGAUGGGAAGCACGUAGUGUUUGGAAAAAUCAUUGAUGGACUUCUAGUGAUGAGAAAGAUUGAGAAUGUUCCUACAGGCCCCAACAAUAAGCCCAAGCUGCCUGUGGUAAUCUCACAGUGUGGGGAGAUGUAGACCCAAACAAGACUGAAUCAGACCUUCAUGUCUCUGCCACUGUAGGCCUUCCCUUGCUCUGGGUGAUGCUCUUGAGUAAGAUCUGGAUUGGCCCGUUUGCUUCCUUGCCUGCUGUUGCCCUGUUUGAUCAAGAGACCUUGGAAGUAUCACACAUGUUUUUUCAACUGUAAAUAAAGUUUUUUGUUUUGUA